CCUACGGAAGUGGCUGGAAGGGAAGUCUCGCGGGAUGUGACUGUGCUCCCGGAAGCUCCACGUCAGUCAGUCAGACAGUGAGCGAGAAGGACCGGAGAAAUGCCUCUGCGACUUGACAUCAAGCGGAAACUGACCGCUCGGUCUGACCGAGUAAAAAGUGUUGACUUGCACCCUACUGAACCAUGGAUGCUGGCAAGUCUGUACAAUGGCAGCGUCUGUGUAUGGAACCAUGAGACACAGACUUUGGUCAAAACCUUUGAAGUUUGCGAUCUUCCUGUCAGAGCAGCAAAGUUUGUGGCCAGAAAAAACUGGGUGGUCACUGGAGCAGAUGACAUGCAGAUCCGGGUAUUCAACUACAAUACAUUGGAGAGGGUUCACAUGUUUGAAGCACAUUCAGAUUAUAUCCGCUGUAUUGCUGUACAUCCCACACAGCCUUUCAUUCUAACAAGCAGUGAUGACAUGUUGAUCAAGCUCUGGGACUGGGAUAAGAAAUGGUCCUGCUCGCAAGUCUUUGAAGGCCACACACACUAUGUAAUGCAGAUUGUAAUAAACCCUAAAGACAACAAUCAGUUUGCAAGUGCUUCUCUGGACCGUACCAUCAAGGUGUGGCAGCUAGGGUCCUCAUCGCCAAACUUCACACUUGAGGGUCAUGAAAAAGGAGUCAAUUGCAUUGAUUAUUACAGUGGUGGUGACAAGCCUUACCUUAUCUCUGGGGCAGAUGACAGAUUGGUAAAGAUUUGGGACUAUCAGAAUAAAACUUGUGUGCAGACAUUAGAAGGCCACGCUCAGAAUGUUUCCUGUGUCAGCUUUCAUCCUGAGCUCCCCAUUAUUAUUACAGGUUCUGAAGAUGGAACGGUGAGGAUCUGGCACUCUAGCACCUACCGCCUGGAGAGUACUCUUAAUUAUGGAAUGGAGAGAGUGUGGUGCGUGUCUGGUCUACGUGGCUCUAACAAUAUUGCAUUGGGAUAUGAUGAAGGUAGCAUUAUCGUUAAGCUUGGGCGAGAGGAGCCUGCUAUGUCAAUGGAUGCCAAUGGAAAGAUUAUCUGGGCAAAACACUCUGAGGUCCAGCAGGCCAACCUAAAAGCCAUGGGAGAUGCUGAAAUCAAAGAUGGAGAAAGACUGCCAUUGGCUGUGAAGGACAUGGGAAGCUGUGAAAUUUACCCUCAGACCAUCCAACACAACCCUAAUGGGAGGUUUGUGGUAGUUUGCGGCGAUGGUGAAUACAUCAUUUACACUGCUAUGGCACUAAGGAACAAGAGCUUUGGCUCUGCGCAGGAGUUUGUCUGGGCUCACGACUCCUCAGAAUAUGCAAUCCGAGAAAGUAACAGCGUGGUCAAGAUUUUCAAGAACUUCAAAGAGAAGAAGAGCUUCAAACCAGACUUUGGGGCAGAGAGUAUUUACGGUGGCUUUCUACUGGGUGUGCGGUCUCUUAGUGGAUUAGCCUUUUAUGACUGGGAGAACACUGAGCUAAUCAGAAGGAUUGAAAUUCAGCCUAAACAUAUCUUCUGGUCAGACUCCGGGGAGCUGGUUUGCAUCGCUACAGAGGAAUCCUUUUUCAUCCUCAAGUACAUGUCUGACAAGGUGGCUGCAGCUCAGGAGACCCAUGAGGGUGUAUCGGAAGAUGGCAUUGAGGAUGCUUUUGAGGUCCUUGGUGAAAUCCAGGAAAUAGUAAAGACUGGUCUUUGGGUUGGAGAUUGUUUCAUCUACACCAGCACAGUAAAUCGGCUAAACUAUUAUGUGGGAGGAGAAAUUGUUACCAUCGCACAUUUGGACAGGACCAUGUACUUACUGGGUUAUAUCCCCAAAGAUAACCGUUUAUACCUGGGGGACAAGGAACUGAACAUAGUCAGUUACUCUCUGCUGGUGUCAGUCCUGGAGUACCAGACAGCAGUGAUGCGAAGAGACUUUAGUAUGGCUGACAAGGUCAUCCCGACAAUCCCUAAAGAGCAGAGAACACGUGUCGCUCACUUUUUGGAAAAGCAGGGCUUCAAACAACAGGCAUUGGCUGUUUCCACAGAUCCAGAGCAUCGCUUUGAACUGGCAUUACAGCUAGGGGAGCUGAAGAUCGCAUACCAGUUGGCUGUGGAGGCAGAGUCAGAACAGAAGUGGAAACAGCUGGCUGAGUUGGCCAUUAGCAAAUGUCAGUUUGGUUUAGCCCAGGAGUGCCUUCACAAUGCACAGGACUACGGAGGUCUCUUACUUUUGGCCACCUCUUCAGGAAACGCUCCCAUGGUGAACAAGCUGGCAGAAGGAGCUGAGAGAGAUGGCAAAAACAAUGUUGCCUUCCUUAGCUACUUCUUACUGGGAAAGCUGGAUACAUGCUUGGAGCUCCUGAUUUCUACUGGCCGGCUUCCUGAGGCUGCAUUCUUGGCAAGAACCUACAUACCAAGUGAGGUGUCCAGGGUUGUGAAGCUGUGGAAGGAAAGCUUGUCCAAGGUAAACCAGAAGGCAGCAGACUCAUUGGCUGAUCCCACAGAAUAUGAGAACCUCUUUCCUGGUCUGAAGGAAGCCUUUAUGGGAGAACAGUUCCUGAAGCAGAAGAGUAGUGCCCUGCUUCCAGCAAGUGAAUAUCGCAAUGUGACUCCAAACGAAGAAAGAAAUAUCCUGGCUGAAUCUAAAGGGUUUGUGCCAUCUGAGGAAGCUAGCGAAGAGAUAAAGAGAGACACACCACCUCCACCAGUCACACCAGUCCCUGUCUCUGCACCUGUGACUGUUAGUGUACCUGUGACUGAUAGUGUACCCACCUUUUCUGUGACCCCACAAGAGCAAUCGGUUCCCAAAACAGAUGACAAGGUGAGUGAGUCAACUCCCACCAAGGCUUUCCUGGACCUGGAGGAGGAUUUGGAUAAUAUGGAGCUGGAUGAUAUCGAUACGACAGACAUUAAUUUGGAUGAUGAGCUUUCUGACUAAAUUCAAUGCCCAGCAAAUUAUUUAAGUGACCAAAACCUUUUUUUCUUCUGUUUUGGGGGCCAGUUAGUAACUUGGCUUCAUUCUCUCCUCAAUGUUCCAGUAUCCAGCAGACGCCUAAACACUGCGACAAAUGUUAAUGCUGGCGAAGGAUAAUGGACCCCCUCUUGUACAUUUGAGUACUUGCUCCUUUUCAUGUAUUUUGUUAUGUAAGAAAUAAAAUUCAGAUCUCCUUGAACAGGUUAUUGCACAAACCUGUUUUGUCCAUCUAUAAAUGAUUGUUAAAACAUUAAUAAAGAUUUUAAUGUCUUUACACCAUA